AUGGGCAGGAUAGCCGUGAUCAUUGACAAUGGCAGCGGCUUCACCAAGGUGGGUUUUGCUGGGGAGGAAAAGCCCCGAUUUAUCCUGAAGAUUGACAGCUGCUUGCCCAACUGUGCCAUAGCCAUGAGGGGUACGCCUUGUAGCCUGGGUGCCUUGGGCACAGUGCCGGGCAGAAGUUGCCCCUUGAAAUAUGGGAUCGUGGACUGAUAAUCCAUGGAGAGCUUAUGGCGCCACCUUUGUGGCCUGAAGGUCAGCCCUAAAAACUGGCCUGUCCUCAUGAGCGACUCACCCACCAGGCUCCAAGAAUCGGCUGAGCUGAUGUUUGAGACUUUCUCAGUGCCAGCUUUUCACAUAGCCAGCACAGGUCUGCUGGCUCUGUGCUCUGGGGGGAGCCUCAGUGGGCCGGCAGUAGAAGCUGGGGCAGGGGUGUGCCAUGCUAACACUGGCCACACUUGGCAUAAGGCUGCAUUUCGACUUGAUGUGGCCGGGGCUGCCCUCUCUAAAUACUUUCAUGGACUGUUGCUGGAGGCCUGUCCUGACCCAAGGCUGAAAGCCCUCUCCUAGUGCACCGUCACAGUGCUAAAGAAGCGAUGCUGCUACGUCUCCCUAGAUUACGAGGCAGACCUGCGCACCCCCACAUCCCAACUCCCCUUGGCGUGCUUCUGCACAGCUGACGGCUGCCCAGUGACCUUGACUGAUGAGUGCUUCCGCUGCCUCAAACCCUUGUUCCAGCUGGACAUGCUAGGCCACAGCUCUCUAGGCCUGUCCAGUCUGGCUUUCCGGGCCCUGCAGGCAAUGACAGAAACUAUCUGGCUCAAGUUGGAGGCCAAUGUGCUAGUGGCAGGGGGCUCCACGUUCUUUCCUGGUUUCCCUCAGAGGCUGAGGCUAGAGCUGGAGGCCCUGUGCCAGAAGCAGCAACUGGCCACCUCAGGGACAGCUUUGCACCCACAGUUAAUGGCCAAGCCCAAGCUGGGCCUGGAAACCUGGGUGGGAGGCUCUAUGGCUGGCUCACUCCACUCCUACCAUCGACUAUAGGUAACACGUGCCAUGUACGAGGAACGAGGUGCGGGCUGUGUGCACCCAGUAUUUGAUUGA